UCGUGUGACGUACGAGACAUAGGCGCCCGACUCUGAUAUAUUUAUAAGCAUGACCUAUAUAUCUUAUAUAUAGGUCAUGCUUAUAAAUAUAUCAGAGUCGGGUGCCUAUGCUUAUGAUGUACAAUGCUAAAUCACCACAGCGCCGGAAAUUUAAUGAAGUUUCCCUGGUUUCCUUUGUUAACAUCGCGUGUCCGACAUGACACUGUGUAUAGACUAUUCGUCACCACUUGCCUCUUUCCGUAACCUCGCUAUUCGGCUCGUCCCGGAAUAACCACGAGUUGGUCACGAAUGUGUACAGCGCGUACUUCGAACCCGAGCGUCAGCGAUGCACUAGUUCGGAAGCUCCUCACAUGUUCGCUGUGGGGAGCUUACACGCUAGUCAAGUCUCGUUGAACGCGCCAACGAGAUCAGUAGUUAUGCCAACGGCGUCAAAAUGGCGACAGGUGUGCGGAACACAAAACCGUCGUUGGUGACCAUCGUUCCAGGGCUAAAAUCAACAGGGAAGACAGGAGGGAAGCUGUUGCGACGCCCCCAGGUCCCCAAACCUCUGCCACCACUGUCUCCAUGUCCCUCCCCUAAAACAGACAGCUGCUUCAGUCCAAGCAAAACCUUUGAAGCAUACAAUGACGUGGAAUCCAUGCGCUGUGACUCGCAAGAGAUUGACUAUUACCAGUCUAUGUCACCAAUUCCAAGUGGGGCACCGAGUCUGGUGUCUCCACCCCCAUCAGAGUCUGUUCCCACUAGGAGAACAUUCAGGAUGAACACAUACACUUCUCCUGAAAGUCAUGGCACAUCCUUCAUCAGUAGAGAUGAUUUGAAGUAUGUUUUGGACCCACUUUUUCGAGGUCGAAGCACAGUGGGGACAUACAUUGAUGGAAAGAGAUUAACAAAACCUUUUAAACCCCGAGGGCCUGAUCCGUUCCCACCCAGAGAACCAAGAACAGUUAAUGAGGUGUGGUUUGACUGUGAGCCUGAUGAGAUGCGAUACUAUCAGCCACCUGCAUUUACUCUGGAUAACUUUUUGAGACAUGUUGCAAGGAUGAACCAUGUGCCAAUGAGAAGAGUUAAAGACGCUGUGUGUUCAAGGCACAAUUAUAAAAAACUCACUAAACUGCUGGCAGAAACACAUAUAUACCCACCAGUUCAGCAAUCUGUGCAUGAGGUGACGUUCACCCCAGAAGGUCAGAAUGUGCCUGCAUGUGAGCCGCGCAUCCCUCAGCGCCAGCUGUUGUACGAGAUGGCAGCAAUGAUCAAGUCUCAUGUACGAGAACUCAUCAACACGGAGGUUAAAACAGUCAUCAAACAAAUGCCAAAGUACAGCCCUUCCUACCAGAGUGAGAAGAUGCCUCACACAGAAAUUAUUCUAUAUGAAGAUGACACUGCUGAAAGACUGAGUUUCAUAUCCAAGAAGAAAGUAGAUUCAGAGCUGCCAACCUCGGAUGCAGUCUUCCAUUCGGCACAGACCCAAUACUUCCAGGGCUCAGGGAGGAGUCGCUCGCCUUUCACUGUGCCAGAGGAUGGAGUUAUCUCCCCUUCAGAACUAGCCAUUCUGGACUCCCUGAUCAGUGGAGGGACAGCACUCAGUCUAAAGGCCCACUUCAUAUCAGAAGUGCCGGACGUGACACCGCUAGUGAAGACGGUCACCUACCUCAACCUGUCCUUCAAUGACUUCAGAGGUUUGCCCCUGGAAGUUCUGGAGAUGGGCCAGUUAGAAGUGCUGAAACUGAGGAAUAACCCACUCAUAGAGCUCCCCCCAGACAUGAACAAGCUCAGCAAAUUGAGGACAUUGGUGGUGUCCUUUUGUCUCCUGUCUUCCCUGCCCAUCAGCCUAUUUGACAUGACAUCCCUAGAACAUCUUGAUAUCUCCUACAACAGACUCACCUUCAUUCCAAAUGAAAUCUGCAAACUGGGGAAUCUACUGGAGUUGAACGUGGAGGGGAACCAGCUUCCAGCACUGCCAGGAUCCGCCUGCCGUCUUAGUCUACGCUCUGUCAAUGUCAGGAACAAUCUCAUGCACCCACUCUUCUGGAGGGAAAGCACCAAGAACCAGCCACAGAGACUGAUUGAUCUUGCUGCUCUUGCCAUCCACAACUCUGAGCUGGUUGAGACUGACUUGCCGCAGGCUGUGUGCUCCAUAUUACUGAGCAAAGAUACCUGUGACUGCUGUAGAGGGGCACUUUUUGGCCCUGGCCUUAGGAUCAUUCGACCAGUCACCAACAUAUUUGGGGUGAAAAACUUGCCAUUUUUGUUCCGAUCAUGUUCUACAACGUGUUUGUAUGUGUUUAGACACAGCACAGACACACUUGCCCAGAUGCUGUAUGGUGGUGAUGCCAUUGAGGGACUGUGAACAUUCAGGACACCACUACACAUACAGGACACCACACAUACAGGACACCACUACACAUACAGGACACCACUAAUACAGGAUAUCACUACACAUACAGGACACCACAACACAUACAGGACACCACUA